AUGGCCUCUGUCGAGAAUCUCCCCGAGAAGGCCACGGUCGCCGAGACCAAUGCUGAGGAUCAGCAGCCCCAGCAGGGAGAGUUGAUCAACGCCUCAGGCCAUCGCCAGGAGCUCGAGCGCAACUUCAGUCUGCUCAGCAUCUGUGCCGUCGCCGUCACGACUGGAAACACCUGGAUUGCUCAGGGUGGAAGUGUCGUUACUGCGCUGAGCAACGGUGGCUUGGCGGGUUGUAUCUAUGAAUUUAUUGCGGUCUCGGUCUGCUACUGGUUAGUCGCCGCAUCAAUCGCGGAGCUAGCUUCAGGAAUGCCCUCGGCCAGUGGUGUCUAUCACUGGGCCAGUAUCACAGCUGGUAAAUAUGGCCGCGUGUGUGGCUUUUUCGCCGGCUGGUGGAAUUUCCUCGCUUGGGUACUUGGUGCUGCCUCUAUGUCCUUGAUCAUGGCACAGCAGACGGUGUCCAUGUACGCGCUGAUGCAUCCCAAUUUCGUUCCCCAGACCUGGAAUGUUUUCGUCAGCUUCAUUAUCUGCACCUGGGUGUGUUGCUGCAUUGUCCUGUUCAUGAACCGCUUCCUGCCCUACAUCGGCAAUCUUGGCAUGUUCUUCAUUCUCGCCGGUGUCUUCAUCACUAUCAUCGUCUGCGCUGUCAUGCCACAUGUCAAUGGUGUGGAAUAUGCCUCUGACUAUAAGAUUUGGCAAAAGUGGACCAACAAAACCGGCUACUCGCAGCCGGGCUUUGUCUUCGUCCUCGGUAUGCUCAACGGUGCCUACAGUGUUGGGACCCCUGACUGCUCUUCCCACCUUGCGGAAGAGAUCCCCAAGCCGAGUCGGAACAUUCCCAAAGCCGUCCUGGCUCAGAUGGGUGUCGGGUUCGUCACAGGUAUCUUGUACAUGAUUGCCGUGUUCUAUUCCAUCCAGGACCUCGACAAAGUUCGCCACAGCCCGCUUAACUUCCCUCUCGCUGAGAUUUAUCGCCAGGCGACUGGGUCUCGCGGCGGUGCUCUGGGUCUGUUGAUCGUUGCCUUCCUGCCCACGCUCAUCACUUGCACAGGCUGCUACAUCACUGCCGGCCGGACACUGUGGACAAUUUCCCGUGAUCGUGCCACCCCUUUUCCCAACUGGCUCAGCCAUAUCAACCCCCGGAUGCAGAACCCCUUCAAUGCCACCCUAGUCUGUGGCUGUCUGGUUACCAUCCUGGCCUGCAUCUAUCUCGGCUCUACCACCGCUUUCAGCGCCUUUGUCGGUUGCUUCGUCCAACUGUCCAGUCUCUCCUACUUCAUGGCCAUCUUUCCGCACAUCCUCACCCGGCGCUCGUCGUUUGUGCCAGGUUAUUUCUUUAUGAAUCAAAUCAUCGGCUAUGUCAUCAAUGCCCUGGCAUGUGUCUACAUCCUCGCAUUCGUCGUCAUUUUCUGCUUCCCAUAUGCCCUGCCUGCGGAAGCUGGCUCAAUGAACUAUGCCAGUUUGAUGACUGGCGGUCUGUCCAUCUUUGUUGCUGUCUGGUGGUUCAUCCGCCAGGGCAGCUAUGAGGGCCCAAAGAAUAUUCCUCUGACCGACAAGGCCUUGAUGGAGGAUGCUCAGUGA